CACUGCAGCCUGCUCUGCUGCACCCUCUUCGCCUAGGAAAGUGUUAAAGCAGGUCUGAGGCCCUUUACAGAAUAUUUGGACUGGAGGAAGCCCUGGUUUGGUGUUUUUCUAAGAUGCUGGAGCUUAUCUGUAGACUCAGGACUGUCUGGAAGGGUCACUUGAGUGUGAUCUCUGGUAACCUGGUCACAUUUGCGUUACAAAGACUGAACAGAGCUGAGAGAUGCAAAAAUCACUUUACUACGACAACUCAGGGUCUUUUGCAGGCUGUGGCUUCCAAGACACUAGUGCCAUGAGUUACUUGGGGCACCAGGCUUACCCCACUGAAAAUGACUAUGAAUCUCCUACUGCUUACAGCCAGGAACCACUUAGCCCCACUAGCAAUAAGAACGAGCACUCCAUGAAGGGCAUUAACUUUCAUCUGUCUGAUGUCUCAGAACAAGCCCAGCAGCCAAAGUCACCCAACUCAGCUGCAGUGUCCCCCAGCCCCAAAUCAACUGCCACCCAGAGCUGCCCCUCCCAGUCCAGGUGCUGGGACAGAGGACUGCUGGAAGUCACCGGCACCAAGAAGAGCAGCAAGAACAACAACAACCUACCCAAACAGAUCUUCCCCUGGAUGAAAGACACACGUCAGAACUCCAAACACAAGAAGCCACCCCUCCCCCAAACAGAAGAUGACAGCUCACUGGACAGCAGCUUUAUGAGUUCUGCCUCCAAAAGGGCCAGGACUGCUUAUACCAACUCUCAGCUGGUGGAGCUGGAGAAGGAAUUCCAUUUCAAUCGUUAUCUUUGUCGCCCAAGGAGGCUGGAAAUGGCCAAACUGCUUAAUUUAUCGGAGAGACAAAUCAAGAAUCUGGUUCAGAACAGGAGGAUGAAGUACAAAAAGGACCAAGGGAAGGGUGGGGGUGUCUCUCCUGGAGGACAAUCUCCCAGCAGAAGUCCCUCACUGAUACCGUUACUCUAACCCCCUCAACCUGGAUGUGAGAGUGGCUAUGAAGUGCCUAUGGUAAACGAGAUUCAGCAAGAGUCCUGCAAUAUGUAUGGCUUGACUGCUUAUUCUGCCCCUCUGUAUGACAACCCACCGCCACCAGCUCAAAAACGAUAUAACCAGCCCCUGACCUCUGAGUACGACCACCCCUCAAUGCAUGGAGAUGGAGUCUAUGACAACUCUGGAUUGCAGGGUAGCCAGGGUUUACAUUGGAGGGACUACCUGGAGAAUGGGUCUGGAAGCUGCUCUCUGUUCAACAUGCCCCAUCCUUCUUUUAGCAUUGACUACAGCUGUGCUGCACAGACACCAAGCAAGCACCAUCUUGGGCCCUGUGGACCCACAUCCACCUACACAGACUUAAACAUACAUCCUGUGCCUCAGGGGUGUUCCCAGGAGCCUCCAGUGCUGCACACAUCUGUAGAAUUGUGUACCCUUUGA